AGUGGCUGUAAAUGUGGCCGAGGACACAGCUCACCCCAAACUCAUCUUCUCCCAGGAAGGGAAGUACGUGAAAAAUGGAGCGUCAGCCAGUUCCUGGCCGUUACUUUCUACAGCGUGGAGCUACGUUACUGGCUGGAGGAAUCCUCAGAAGACCACAGGCUUUGUGGAGAGAUUUCAGCACCUACCCUGUGUUUUGGGGAAAACUGUUUUCACUUCAGGGAAGCACUACUGGGAAGUGGAGAGCCGAGAUGGCCUGGAGAUUGCUGUGGGGGUGUGUCGGGAAGACGUCAUGGGGAUUACCGAUGGCUCCAGAAUGUCCCCCGAGCUGGGGAUCUGGGCCCUUUGUUGGAGUUCUGCUGGCUUUCGGCCCCUGACGAGCUCCCCUGUAAGUCCCACCAAGCCAGAGCCCGCUCCUCACCGGGUGGGAGUCUUCCUCGAUCACGGGGCCGGGGAGAUCUCCUUCUACAGUGCUGCGGACGGCGCGCACCUGCACACUUUCUCCUGUCCUGUGUCCCGCCUCCGGCCGUUCUUCUGGUUGAGCCCGUUAGCCUCUUUAGUCCUCCCGCCAGCGACUGGUGGGAAAUGAGGCUGUGCUUCCCUGCCCAGGAAUCUUUCCCUUACACCCCAGGCCCGGGACACACACACCCCUUGGCCCUCGUCCUUCACCUGCUCCAUGUCGAUCCUGGCUGGUACGUCGGUACUAGCCACUCAGAUUCCGACGUCACGCUUCGUUCAGCUCCCUGCACGCCCUGUGCGCAGACAUAAAAGACCCUGCUGCUUACCUUUCCGCUAGCCACCUGUAUUACUGAGAAAAAGGUUUUUUCUUACUCUACCCAUCUGAUUAAUAAUCCUUUGUCUCUUUUCUGGGUCUUCAUAUUGGACCCUCUCUCAUCUUAGGUGUGAGAUGGGAUCCAUUUGUUAAAAAUAAACUUCUGAUGCUUCUGAUGCACAAACAAGACAGAAUAAACUUGCCACAGUCUGUUUCUUAUUUUA